AUGACUGCAAGAUGCAAUAAUAAGCCAAUUGAGGCAAGGCUGGAUUGGCCAGGUGCAAGGAAAGGCUGGGUGGGUGUGACGACGACGACGACAACCAAGAGGGUCCAAAACAAAGAACCGGGCAGGGAUGGCGAUGCGGGGAGAGAGGCCCAGAAGUUUAGCUCAAGGAUGCGCGAGGGGAGCUUGGCUCAGCAUGGAAGGCCGUCGUAUUUUGGCCCUAUCUCGCAUUGUGACGGCGGGCCAGUUCGGGACGUGAAGGCGGCAUGGGUUAUGAGUGGCGUUGGAUUUGCCUUGUACCGUGCGCCGAUGCUUUCUGUUGGCUUGGACAAAGAGCUGCUGGAAAAUUCUAUUAUGUUUGUUGUGCUGCUCCGUCUGCCAAUUUCCGUCCUAUUGCUUGUAAUCCAACCCUGGUGCGUGGAGCUGGACGAUGCUCGGGACCUUGAGUAUUGGCGCCGCCACCUGGUUACGGCAUUUGUGAGAACGGAGCCCUUCCGAAUGGGUCCCUCCGCGCGCCUUAUUGCCAAUAGUAGCAGACGUUACCCUCAUCACCAACUGGUGGAUAACCGGGUCAAUCAACGAGAAAAGGAGGACUACUAA